AUGUCGACGACCUUUUCUCGCGCGGACGUGGCUAAGCACAACAAGCAGACCGACUGCUGGGUUACCUGCAAUGGUAAGGUGUACAACGUGACGGAGUUCAUCGAGGACCACCCUGGUGGUGAUGACCUUAUCCUCGAAUAUGCCGGCAAGGAUGUCACCGAGAUCAUGGCGGACCCCCUGUCGCACGAGCACUCCAAGAGCGCCUACGGCAUGCUCGAGGACUUCCGCGUUGGCACGCUCCUUGCUUCGGAGGCAGCCAUCGCCACGGCCAACAAGGCCCCCCUCGGCGACGUUGUCAUCACCGACGACUUUGAGCCCGUGGAGACGGACAUGUCGGAAGACUUUAAGGAGCACCAUUUCCUCGACCUUGAGAAGCCCCUGAUCCCCCAGAUGUGGCGCGCGCGCUUCACCAAGGAGUUUUACCUCGAGCAGGUGCACAUUCCCCGUCACAAGAAGGACUCGGCGCAGCUGAUGCCCCACAACUUCCUCGAGGUGUUUACCAAGACGCCCUGGUACGUUAUUCCCAUGCUCUGGGGCCCGAUUGCUGCGGCCUUCUUCCACGUCUCGGCGAUGCAGUUCAAGGAGAUCUUUGCCUCGUCCGAGCACCCCAUGGCGUUUGGCUAUGCCGGCGCGAUGGCCUCGUGGGCGUUUGGUGUGUUCUUCUGGACGUUCAUUGAGUACCUCUUCCACCGCUUCAUCUUCCACAUGGACUCGAUGCUGCCGCGCAACCAGACCGCCUACCUAAUGCACUUCCUUCUGCACGGCAUCCACCACUUCCUGCCGAUGGACAAGAUGCGCCUGGUCAUGCCGCCGAUUCUCUUUGCAGCGCUCUCGUUCCCGAUGCUGCUGCUUGCGCACGCCGUUCUGCCCACGGCCAUGGCGAACGGCACCAUUGCGGGGUCGUACACGAUGUACAUCUUCUACGACACCUUCCACUACGCCAUGCACCAUACCAAGCUUCCUUCGAUCCUCAAGGCGCAGAAGAAGUACCACCUCGAACACCACUACAAGAACUUUGAGCUCGGCUUUGGCGUUACGAGCAUGUUCUGGGACAUCAUCUUCCGGACGCUCUUGUAA